UCGUCCUGGAUACUGGCGGGGGGCGGGGCUGAGAGGAAGCGGAAGUGUCAGCGCAGGCGGAAGUGGUUGUGCCCUGAAUCCCCUGAGCUGAGCAGCGAGAGGAGGACGCCGUCGCUCGAGCCACAAAAUCGCAAACUCUCCUAGCUGACAAACCCGCAAGAUGGACAGGAGCGAGCUGGUCCAGAAAGCAAAGCUGGCCGAGCAGGCCGAGCGCUACGACGACAUGGCGGCCGCCAUGAAGCAGGUGACGGAGCAGAACAAGGAUCUGACCAACGAGGAGCGCAACCUGCUGUCCGUGGCCUACAAGAACGUGGUGGGCGCUCGCCGCUCGUCCUGGCGCGUCAUCUCCAGCAUCGAGCAGAAGACCGAGGGCAAUGAGAAGAAGCAGCAGAUGGCUCGUGACUACCGCCUCAAGAUCGAGCUUGAGCUCCAGGAGAUCUGCCACGAUGUGCUGAACCUUCUGGACAAUUUCCUCAUCGUCAACGCGAAGCCGGCAGAGAGCAAAGUGUUCUACCUCAAAAUGAAAGGAGACUACUUCAGAUACCUGUCGGAGGUGGCGGCCGGCGACGACAAGAAGGAAACGGUGAGCAACUCGCAGCAAGCGUACCAGUUUGCGUUUGACAUCAGCAAGACGGACAUGCAGUCCACACAUCCCAUCCGACUCGGCCUGGCCCUCAACUUCUCCGUCUUCUACUACGAGAUCCUCAACUCACCGGAGCAGGCCUGUUCUCUGGCCAAGCAGGCUUUCGACGAGGCCAUCGCCGAGCUCGACAGCUUGAACGAGGAGUCGUACAAAGACAGCACGCUGAUCAUGCAGCUACUAAGGGACAACCUGACUCUGUGGACAUCAGAAAACCAGGGUGACGAGGUGGAGGCCGGCGAGGGCGAGAACUAGUACAGCGCACCCCCAACACCCACCCACCCGAUACCUUUUGACAUCCAACACCUGCGCUUCCUCCUCCUCCUCUUCUUCAUGCACACAAACGUUCAUUCCUUCUUCUUCUAUGUAAGAAGCAGCAGCAUGCCCCCCCCGCCCCCUCCCGAACCUGGCACUCCACAAGCUCUGUUAGAACCUUCUGGCCCGUCCUGUCUCCCUAGGAGGUUUUUUUUCUUUUCUUUUCUUCUUUUAAUCUAUCGCCAUUUUCUUCCUACUUCCUUCCUUCCUUCCUUCCUCCUCCUUAACUUCCUAUUGGCUUGUUAGUCCUGCCCACUGGCUGCUUUUAUUCCACUUUAAUCCAAACAAACAACAAGACAAAAAAGGUUAUUAAACUGUGUGUUUAUUUUCAACAACAA